UCCCCCACCACAGCCAGGGUCCAGCCAGCGCCAGGAAAGCGGGGAGGGGGCGCGGAUCCGACGCCGAGAAUCUCUCCGCGGGGAUCGCGGAGACUUCCUGUGUGCGGGAGAGGCGACCUCCCCACCGCCCGGCGAGGACGCCCUCUUCAGUCUGCCCCCGAGGCCCCGAAUGCUGUGCCCCCGUCCGGGAUCGCGGACACCCGCUCCCGUGAUCCCGGUCUUUACAACUCCACACCUCAAGACACGAAGACCCAGCUCCGAAGGCCCCUAAACCAGGGGGCCCUGCCCCCCCAACUCUGGAACACAGAAACCCCAAAUCCAGGACCCGAGGACAGCAAGAGAUAGUUCACACCAGCAAGAAGCCUCCACGACCCCCUUUAAAGACCCGGGCCACGGAGCCACUCGCAUCUCAGCCCAUGAUCGUGGCGCCCUGAGCCCCCCCGGGCCAGGCUGACGAAGACCGAGACGGCGCCCAGGCCCCCUGCCGCGGCGUCCCCGCGGCCCCAGCCCAGGGAGAAGAUGAGUGUGGGCUGCCCAGAGCCCGAGCCGCCCCACGCCCUGCCCUGCUGUGGGCCAGGGGCGGGCGUGCCCCUCCUCACAGAAGACAUGCAGGCGCUGACCCUCCGCACACUGGCUGCCAGUGAUGUCACCAAGCAUUACGAGCUUGUGAGGGAACUGGGCAAGGGCACCUACGGGAAGGUUGACCUGGUGUCCUACAAGGGUACAGGCACGAAAAUGGCGCUGAAGUUCGUAAACAAGAGCAAAACAAAGCUGAAGAACUUCCUGCGGGAGGUGAGCAUCACCAACAGCCUCUCGUCCAGCCCCUUCAUCAUCAAGAUCUUUGAUGUGGUCUUUGAGACGGAGGACUGCUACGUCUUCGCCCAGGAGUAUGCGCCCGCCGGGGACCUGUUUGACAUCAUCCCUCCCCAGGUGGGGCUCCCCGAGGACACCGUGAAGCGCUGCGUGCAGCAGCUGGGCCUGGCGCUGGACUUCAUGCAUGGGCGGCAGCUGGUGCACCGUGACAUCAAGCCCGAGAACGUGCUGCUCUUCGACCGCGAGUGCCGCCGGGUGAAGCUGGCUGACUUCGGCAUGACGCGCCGCGGCAAGGGACCAAGUGUGGAGCUGAAGGUGGGCAGUGGCCCCGCCCAGUGCUCGCGGCCCCGCCCAGACCCAGGGCCUGGAUCCCUGAGACUGCCAGUAACUCCUCCCGGGUUUCUCUUGGGGCCGAUGGGGAACCCACGGGAGGCACCUGCAAGUAGGUGCAGGCCCCAGGCAGCAAAGCUGACAGAGAGGAAGCAGCCUCACGACCCUGCACUCUCCAUGGAGGCCUGGGACCCCCGCAAUAACCUCAUCGUGGCAUACGGUUGCCCCGAGCCUGGCCCCGCUCUCAAGUCCCUGCUUCCCCAGGGGGCACGGGGCCCACGAGCCAGAGUGCGCCUCGGCAACCCGGAUCGCUGCCGGGACAGGAAAGCUAAGGCAAGGCUCAGUACAGAGUCCGGGCGGGCUCGGCGCUGUGAAGCGGGCGGUCAGCGGCUGCUGGAACCCGGACUGCAGGGCGUCCUCGUCACCUGCAACGUGAACGCGCGCAGGCGCGGGGAGGAGACCUUCAGCCUGCUCCACGAAUAUGGUGACGGCACACCCGGGGUCGGAGAGCCGGCCUGA